AUGGCAGACCAGGAAACUAAAAUCAAAUACAAAGAGUCUUUGGACUUCAUCAACGAUAGACUUAUCGUCAACAAUUUAAAGAAUAUUCUCAAAAAACUUAAUCUUUCUCCUUCAGGCCGUAAAAGCAUUUUACAGAGCCGUCUCAUUGAAUAUCUUUCCAAUGGCUUGCGCAAUGAAACGAACCGCAUUUCUUACGUUCAUCGUCUCAUCCAAAUUGAACUUGGAAUAGUGCCAAAUUUAUAUCCAAAACCUCCAAACCCCACUGGAUCAGCAUCCACUAUGUCAAGUGUACCGCAAUAUUAUGCACCCCAGCAACCUGGCGCCAGUGCCUCCAAUGUAAACAAUAACACCAGUAUCAAUCGCUACAAUGAAUCAAACCAAAAUGCCCCAAUGAUUACGCGUUUCAGAUCAACAAAUAACUCAACAACAGUAUACCAGGGGAACAAGCUAUACUCUCUCUUUAUGCCUCCGCAGAUGAAGUACGAUCCUAACCCAUUUUAUGUUCUUCAGGAGCCAUGCUGCGAGGCCGUCCAAACCCCUCGAAGCGCUCGAUCAGAUGCUUCUACCCGAAUAGUAAUGCGUUUUCAAGUCACUCAGAUGGAAUCUACACAAAUUAAACAGGGCGAAUCUGUUUUGCUUCUUUUUGCAGGCACUGCGGAAGACAAAGGCAAAGGUCUUUUACCUGACCAUGUUCCAAUAUCAUUUCCUCCGCAAACUACAAUCAAGAUUAAUAAUUUGUUAUACCAAGAGAGUUUGAAGGGUGUUAAAAACAAACUAGGAACAACAAAGCCUGCUGAUUUGACUAAGUACGUGAGCAAGAUAUCAAUAAACACUGUGGACAUCACUACUAUGGAAUCUUCACGGGAAUAUGUUUUUACUAUGUAUUUCGCUACACCUAUUACUGUUGAACAAGUCAUGGAAAAUGUAAAAGGUCGACCCCGUAUUUCCAAGGAGUCAACCAAGAAACAAAUUCAAGAUUCUUCUCAGGAUGACGAAAUUAUGGAAUUGUCUACAGUUUUGCCACUAAAGUGUCCUUUAUCUGGCUCCCGCAUCAAGACACCAGUGAGAUCCAUUCAUUGCACUCAUAUUGAGUGCUUUGAUCUCUUGUCAUUUAUUCAGCUGCAGCAACAGGCUACAACAUGGAUGUGUCCUAUCUGCAAUAAAACCAUCAAAUUUGUUGAUUUGUCGGUCGACGAAUACCUAAGCGAGAUUUUACAAAGCACAGCUCAAUACGACAUUUCCGACAUUGAGAUUGCGCCAGAUGGAUCGUGGACCAUGCCAAAAGAUGCAGAAUUACUAAGAAGCGAUGAUGAAUAUGAUAGUGAUGAUAAUCCUACGUCUCACAGCGUACGCAGCCGUUUCAAUCCUGAAAACGUUACUGUAGUUACAUUGGAUUCUGAUGGAGAAGAGCUUGAAUCUGAAGAAGAGAUUGUGGCAACAUCGCACCCAUCUGGUCAACAACAGAACCAACAGCAGCCAGUACCUCCGUCCAUAAUGAACCCCGCACCUCAGCAACAACAGCAACAGCAGCGACAGCAGCAACAGCAGCAACAGCAGCAACAGCAGCAACAGCAGCAGCAACAGCAGCAGCAACAGCAGCAACAGCAACAGCAACAGCAACAGCAACAGCAACAUCCGGUACCACCGCUACAUGAAAGACCAUCUCAGCAACCCAUGCAACCUUUAAUACAGGGUCAACCACAGAAAUGGCCUCCAGUAACACAAGGACUUCCUUCCUUCCAUAUACUGAUACCUUCUCAAAGACCAUUAAUUCAGCCGGAAUCUUCAUUACCGCCAUUAGGACCGUCAUCUUCGACUUCGCCCAGAGUAAUGCAAAGUUCUCCAUUAACACAGAUUCAACCUCUGCCGAAUCCAUCAAACCCCACUUUACCUAGUACUUUGCAGAAUAAUGCACCAGCACCGGCUCCAGCAUCAUUACGAAAUUCUCCAUCAAUACAGCAGCAUCCAAACUUACAGUCCUCUCUUUCCCCUUCCCGGCAAAUACAGCCUGCAACAUUAGGGGUUCCGUCUCCAGUACCGCACCCAAUUCCUUCGUCAGUACCUUCACCUGUGCAAAGAACACCACAAUCUCUACCAUAUACAUCAGUUCAAGACUCCAAUGUCUCUUCUAGACCAAUGGGACCAAUGGGACCAAUGGUGACGCCAACACAACCAUCAAAUCCAACAAUGACGCGAAUUCCUGGUUCAGUAGCUAUAUUGGAACAACCAACAGGAUCAUCUACAACUUCGGCGCCGACACUGCCUACAACACCGUCAACUGCUUCAGCUCCUACUACUUCGGCUCCUACUACUUCGGCUCCUACUACUUCGGCUCCUACUACUUCGGCUCCUACUACUUCGGCUCCUACUGCUUCAGCUGGGGCUGGAGCUCCAGCCCCAGCUCCAGCCCCAGCCUCGGCGUCUGCUUCUGAUAAACCUUCAACAAAUCCUACCCCCAAGUCACCACCGAAACCACUGGCUCUUAGCCGCGAAGAAUUAUUUUCAAUGUUGCCGUCGUGGAACAAUUCAAUUUUUACCCGACACUCAAAUCGACCGUCACAAUCUGGCAGCACCUCUAGAAGAAGUUCAGGGGGAGGAGUUUUGACAGGGACGACAUCGGGAGCCAAUGGUGCUAAAAAUCUACCCACUAAUGGCUCCAUUCUGCCUAACGGCAAUAAUAGAAGUACACAAACACCACUUUCCAGUCUUCCACGACCGGCGUCUCCAAGAGAAGCAAGGAACCGGGAAAUUGUAUGGGCACCUGUGAGUAAUAUCUCUAGUAUGCAGAACCACCAGUCUAAGACUGGCUCUUCACCCGCAAGACCAUCCAAUGGAAAUUUUAAUGGAAGCAGUAACGUACAACAACCUCAUCAGCUACAAACGCCAUCACCAGUAAACAACAACUAUAAUUCUAAAAGUGGCCAACCACCAGGCCAUUUAACUGCACCGCAAAGUAUAAUGAGUAACAUGCGGGGCACUAUGGGCACAAGGAUUAACGGCGGACAUCCGUUUGACCAACAACAAAAGCGGCCGUCCGAAGUUAUGGGAACAAGCUCAUCAGCACCAAUUAAUGGUGGACCACAGCUCAAUAAUGUUAAUGCGAUAACAAAUGCUAGUACAGCCAAUGGAUCACCAUCUGGUUCACAGCGUCCUAUAUUUCAUCGCGGACCUGAUGGGGCGUCAUUUAUGAGACAGGCUGCUCCAGGAUCAAACUUUCAGGCUCGGAUUCCACCAUCAUCGAGUUUUAACCCAUCAAGAGCCACCAGUAGCCCUAAUGGAGAAGUGCAGUUUCAAGGUAUUAAACGGACUGUAUCUGAAGUGAUUGAUUUGACUUUAAGCGACGAUGACGAUGACGAACUUGCAAUUGUGCAGCCUAACAAACGAUAA